GGUCGUCAGACGGCCAGCGACUGGAGGGGCGCGUAGCCCAGUAGUGAUCAGCUGAUAAUCAUACUGUUAACAACCAGGGCCCUGUGUGACUUUCGUUCAGCUGCUGGAUAAAUGGCCGUAUUCCUGUUAAACGAAUGUAAAUUCAACAACUGCGGCCUGUGCUUCAAAAACCUAUACGAUCUCAUACAGCACAUUGAAGACAAUCACAUAGAUACCGAACCCAAGCCAAUCGAGCUGAUUGAUCGAACCGAACAGCAAUGUUUACCACUCAGUUGCGUAAUGCGGUUUUUCGGCGAGAAUGCCGACAAAACAGUAAUCGCACCAGCCGAACCAGUUUUACAACCAAAAUCCAGUAUUUUACCAUCAGCCCCAGACUUGUUAUUUCCUCGACCCAUGAAAACCGGUUAUGAAUCGGAUAAAGGAGAAGCUGAAACUUUAGAUCGGCUCGAUAAUAUUGCUGACAGUAGUGACUCAUGGUCUACCACGUCUGAUGCAAUUGAUGAAGCUAACAAAAAUGGUUCUAAUAUUCAGCAAAAAAAUAAAACCGAACAACCAAUUAGGCCAUUUGCGUGUCCAGUUCCUGGUUGUACCAAAAGGUAUAAAAAUGUAAAUGGAAUAAAAUACCAUGUGAAGAACGGUCAUACAAAUGGAAAAAUCCACAAGAAGUACAAAUGUCACUGUGGGAAAAGUUAUGUAUCCAUUCAAGGGCUGAAAUCGCACGCUAAUGGUAUGCAUGCUGGUACAAAAAUGACGUGGUUGACAAUGCAUAAUGGCGAAACCAUUCAAGUGCCAGCAACUCCACUUUCCCCCGACACGGUGCCUAUACGUGCAGUAACGCUGAAACAUGUGCCUCGAACAACAGCGGACGCUAAUUUACCCCCUAAAACAUUAGUCAUCACUAAACCUCCUCCGUCCAACGUUGAAUUUCCCCCAAUUGAAUCAUAAUGAUUUUAUGGGAGGUUCAAAAGUUAAUAUAUUCCUAUAUAGUUGAAUAAUCAGGAGUCUUAAAGUCAGUCGUCAUAUUAAAUGUUUUUGUCGCUUGAUUUUUUUCUUUCUUUCAAUUAAAUUUAUAAUAAUAUAUUUUAUAUAGACCAAAAAAAUUACACCAAUAUUGUAAUGUUAAACUUUGUUAUUACACCAAUAUUACUAAAUAAAAAGGAAAAAUUUCCAUUCGGAAAAUUUUAAAGAAAAAUAUAAUAUAUUUAGUUGCAAAUCCAUAGCCUAAUUACGUUAGACCUAGAACAAUUUGGCUAAUUUGUAUAAUAGGAUCUUGCAUUCAUGUAUUUUUUUUGUGUCAAGCUAUGUAUAGUGUAAGUUACCUUUUAAAGACUU